GCCGCAGAUCUCAGGGCUGGGCAGCGUCCUGUACACCUGGCCAAGCCCCCGGGGGGCCACAAGCUGGGUGGUGUGGCUGGGAACUUGCUGGUCUCCAGGGAGAGUGAAGGCUGACAUCUGUCUUGGGUCGUCCCUGGCCCCACGUUGGUCCUGCAGGCUCCUGCCACGCCCUCCUUUCUGCAGCGUUUCUGCAGUCUCCCAGGACGCCCUGUGUGUGCUCUGCUUCCCUGGCUGGGGCUAGCCCCUUUAUGGCCUUUGGUCUGUGAACUGAGCUGAGCUUUCCGUAGCUUCUUUUGCAGAACUUGGAGGCCUCCUGGGCAGUGCGUCCUGGAGAACAGGACUGGGGAAAUGGGUGAUAGCAACUUUUCUGCAGGUGAAGGGACUCCACGUGCCCACACGGGUUUUUGCUGAGAAGACCUUGCUACCGUGCAGGUCAGCUGUGGUGCCUCUUCCAGGUUGGGGUUUUUUGCUCCAGGUUCCCCCAGACCCCAGGUUGAGCACGAGUGGGGGCUUAGAAAGCUGUCAGAGAAGAGGCUGUGUGAUCCUGAGAGACUGUCCUACCGACCACAGCUGGCCCGAGCCCUCGGGACGUUCCCAGGGCCGGGAUAACUCCCAAUUCAGAGGCCAGUUCUGGCCAGGCCCAUGGGGGUGGGGAAUCUGGUGUAGACCAGCGUGUUGAGGUUUGGGUAGUCUUCCAGGCAUGGGGCCCUGAGUGCUCAGUCUGCUUUUAAAAACAGGCUCCUGGGAUGAGGAGGCCCUGGGCUACAGGCUGUGUGUCUUGCCUGUGUCCUUUGGGGAGUGGCCAGGUCGGCCCUCCAGCCUGUUUACGUUCCCUGACCAGGACUGUCUUGUGGUCAGCUAGCUAUUCCUCGGAAAAUUACAUUGAAAGGGAAGUGCCAGAGUGUCGGCCGACCCAUAGGAUGCCACGCUGGGUCCUGAUCCCGGGUGCUUGCUGCCGUGGCUCAUGGCUCAUCUGGAAUAGCCUUGACCUGGGGAUCGCUGUCCAACGUGGCUGCAGGAGCUGGUGCUGUAGCUGGUGGCUGUCCCCUCCUGAUGGUGCUGUGUCUUGUGCUACUUGUUAAGAGACUCUGAGUCUGGGCUGGAGCUAAGAGGGUGGUGGCCAUGGGGGCCUAGGGUUUGCUCAUAUCAAGGCUUCUGGAGUGGAUGCCCUCGUGAAGCUGCCCCAGGGUCCACACAGUGUUUUUAUUCCCCUUUGCUUCCCUUGUUCUUUAUUUGAUACCCAGCCCCUGGUUUCUCUUCUCUUCCGAAGGCCCCGAACCUCUGAUUUUUGUAGCCACACAUCUGAGAGCAUCUGAAAGUUCAACAUUCAUUCAUGGUUAAAACGUGGGCCAUGUUUCUUACCUGUUUGGAGCAAGGUGUAGGGGGCUGCUUGGCCUGACUGCCUUUUGUAUCAGAUCAAAUCAAGAUGUGUGGCUCAGCCAUUUCAGGGUGUCCUGUUGCUUCCUGACCAACCUUUACUGCUUCUCUGCUUCAGCUGCCAUCUGAGCUGCUGACUGGUAUCUGUAUUUCUAGCGAUAGAAACCACUUUAAAAACCACAGGCUAACUACCCAGUUAUCCAUGUGGAUUUGUCUUGUCCCAUUUCUUGGAGCUGCCGUAACAAAUUAUCUUAAGCUGGUGGCUGAAAACAAUGUAUGGUGUAGGUCCUAGAAGCCAGAAUUCUCAAAUCAAGGUGUGGGCAGGGCCAUGCUCCCUCUGAAGGCUCUAGGGAAAGUUUGUUCCAGGCUCUCCCAGCUUCCGGCAGCCUCGGGCGGUCCUUGCCUCGUAGAGACCUACCAGUCUUUACAUUGUCUUCCAUUGGUGUCUAACAGACCACAUCUCCCCUUCCUAAGGAUGCCAGUCAUAUUGGAUUAGGGCCACCCUAAUGACCUUAUUUUAACUGGAUUACUUCUGUAAAGACCCUGUUUCCAAAGGUCACAUUCUGUGGUACUGGAGAUAAGACUUCAACAUCUUUUGGGGGGACACAAUUCAAUCCAUAACACUAUCAGACACUUGCCUUCCCCAAACCCGUUCUGUACAGUUCACUGACUUUAUUGAAUGCUGUCGGCACAUACUUGGUUUACCAAAUCAGGUCGUGGCCGUGCUGGGUGUCCUCCCAUUCAUCCUAAAUCUAACUGGCGCACAGUCCCCUGCCCCUGGGGCUCAGACGCUGGCUCUUCUCCAUGCCUUCUGGCCACCUUCCCGUCCACCACCCGUGCUCGGGGCCCUGUGGCCGACCCUGUCUCCUUUCUCUGCUGUCCUGGCAGGCAGAUGUGCGCCCACCGAUGCGCCGCGCUUACUGCCCUCUGGGCAGCUCCUUGGGGUGGACAUGACCAGGGAGAGGGAGGGCAGCCCAGGCCCAGCCCUUUUGGGUCAGACCCUGGCCUCUGCUCCCUGGACGCCCAGGCCCCUUGCACACCCCGCCUCCAUGCCCUGCUUUUCUCUGCUCCCCCUUCAGAGCCCAGCUCGCCCGUGACUCUGCUGGACGCUUGGCUGCCCCCUCCCAGGCGUCUCGCCGCCACGGCAGGGGGCGCGCCGUGGCACGUGGGUCCAGUCGAGGUCCGCCGGCCGGCAGGGGGCGUGAGAUCUCGGCCUCACGCUGGCGUCCACGGGGGCCGGAAGUCCCUCCCCGGAAGGAGUCAUGGGGCGACGGCGGAAGUGGGAGAAGUACCGCUCCUUGGGCUGUGCACCUUUUUGGCGCCGCGACCCCGGGUACCCUGCUAUCAGCCUGGCUUCCUCACUUCUCCGCCGCCCGCUGUCCGCCACCCCGGUCGCUGCCGCGUCCUUCUCCGAAUGCUGGGCGGCCGGCAGUCGCGUCCGGCUGUUGCAGGCGGUGGACACGGAGCACACCGUGGACUCGGUGGAGUGGUGCCCGCUGGAGGGCUGCAGGCACUUGCUGGCGUGCGGCACCUACCAGCUGCGGAAGCCGGAGGACCAGCCCGCCGACCCGGAGAGCAAGGUGGGGACGAUGGCCUUCUGAAAGGCUGGGACACCAGGACCCCUGGCACGUCUGUGUUCACAAGCAGGAGACACUCCAUGGGCGUCUGCAGCAUCCAGAGUAGCCCCCAUUGCGAGAACAUCUUGGCCACGGGAAGCUACGACGAGCACGUUCUUCUCUGGGACACUCGGAGCAUGAAGCAGCCGUUGGCGGACAUGCCCAUGCAGGGCGGGGUGUGGAGGCUCAAGUGGCACCCUUUCCACUGCCACCUGCUCCUGGCAGCCUGUAUGCAUGGUGGCUUUACGAUCUUCAACUGCCAAAAGGCAAUAGAGGAGAAUCAGGAAGCAUUCCCAGUCACUCCGUCCUACACCUUGCCCAGCUCGCUGGUGUAUGGAGCCGACUGGUCCUGGCUGUACUUCCGCCGCUUGCCGCAGACCCAUCCGUCAUUCUGCUUGGGGUCCUCUCCUGGCAGCGACCCAGGAGCCAAAACAGCAGACGCAGUCUAUACCCUGAAAGUUGCGGCCCAGUCGCCAGCACCCUGUUUUGAGCGUUUAGCUGAUGCUGAUGGAGAGGGUGGUACCAAACACCAGAGUGGAGGCAAGCUGAAGACUCCUCUCCAGCCCUUUGCAGAGGACAAGAACGGCAGCCAGCUGCAGGCCUCAGGGAUCAAGAUCUGUGACUGUGACCACUAUCUGGAGGCAGCUAACUUUGACAUCAGCCUUCUAGCCACUUGCUCCUUUUAUGAUCAUGUUCUUCACCUCUGGAAGUGGGAGAGCAGCUGAGCUAGGGAAGUUACUUGGUUUGACAUCAUAGAGACCAUUUCUACCAAUAAAACCAAGAGUGUGUCUUUA